GAUUAUGCUGAGGUAGAAGUUGAGAAUAGUGGUGGGGGCGAGAUUUCCCAGGCGGGAAUGGCUGAAGUGGCAAACUUCAGUAAUCAGACGCACAAGGGCCAAGAUAACCAAAAAGGUUCAUUAAGUUCUGUCAUUAACAGUGAUCGCUUCAGCUCACUAAAAAAGCUUAUUCUGGUAACGGGUUACGUAUUACGAUUUGUGAACAAUUUACGAAAGAGAGUGAAAAGAGAAACAAAUUUGAUCACGGAGGAUAUGAUAACUGUCACUGAAUAUAACGAAGCUCUAAUUAUGUGGAUUAAAGAUGAACAGUUCCAGUUAAGCAACAAGAUAAUUACUCAAAGCUCGAAGCAUCAUUACAUUUAUUUGAAGACAAGGACGGCGUUCUUCGAUUACAAGGUCGAUUCGCCAAUGCAUCGUUACAAUAUGAAGAACAGUACCAGAUUAUUUUACAGAAUAGACAAAGCUAUUUUAUUUGGGUGGUGA